GAUACUGAGUCGGGAGAAGGAAAACGUGAAGAGCUGUCUCUGAAAUGUGAGCACGGGUAUUUGGUGUAAAAACAACAAAAAAAGUGUUCAUGUGUUCAAAAACGGGUGGAUGCUAACAUGAGUAACUAUGAGAGAUUUGACUCGGAUCGGGGUGAGCCUGAGGGGGCAGCUGAAAUUGAUGUCACUACAGCGGAAGGUAGAGAGAAUAAAGAUACACACAUUCAAGUUAAUGACCCUGCGGAGGAAGGACAAGUGACAUUCUAUGAAUCGGAUAACAAAGCCGGUUUAGAAUAUGUUGAUGAUCCUGCCCAGUCUGUUCAACUUACUGGAUUGAAACUCAUUCAGUCCAAGUUCAAGGCUGUCAUUGAGCAUAUCUUAUUCCGCCUCCUGACUGUGGUUUUGAUCCUGUUGGAUUUGACCCUGACCAUUAUUGGGCUGGCUAACACAGACAGUGCCAGCAGUGGCUUAGAGAUUGUCUCCCACUGUAUCAUCACCUAUUUCCUACUCGAGGUGGCAGCACGCAUAUUUUAUCUGGAGCGGCUAUUUUUCAGCAGUAUCCUGGACAUGGUUGAUGGAGGGGUAAUUGUUGUAUCCUUUAUCCUAGAUAUGGUAUACAUUGGUUUGUCAUCAACUGAUCAAGACAUCGAUUAUAUCAGGUUGGUUGUGAUUGGUCGAGUGGUGAGAAUUAUCAGAGCAUUGAGAGUUAUCUACCUUAUGGUACAGCAACGGCGACACGUUGCGACAGCUUCCCGUCGUGUUGUGUCCCAGAACAAGCGGCGAUACCAAAAGGAUGGGUUUGAUCUGGAUCUGUGCUAUAUUACAGAGAGAGUGAUUGCUAUGUCAUUUCCAUCUAAAGGGAUGAUGGCAAUGUAUAGGAAUCCAGUAAGGGAAGUGGCAAGAUUCUUUGAUGAAAAACACAAGGACCAUUACAGAAUUUAUAACCUUUGCAGUGAAAGAGAUUAUGAUGAGGAAUUGUUCCACAACAGAGUGGAACGUGUUUUCAUAGACGAUCACAAUGUCCCCAGACUAAGUGAGAUGGUAGAUUUCACUGCUAAUGCACGAGAGUUUAUGAACCAGGAUCCACAGAAUGUGAUAGCAAUCCAUUGUAAAGGCGGCAAGGGUAGGACGGGCACAAUGAUAUGUACUUGGCUCAUUGACUGUGGCUUGUUUGAGGAUGCAGAGGAAAGCUUGGGCUACUUUGGUGACAGGAGAACAGAUUUAACUGUUGGCAAGACAUUCCAGGGAGUGGAGACUCCGAGUCAGAGUAGAUAUGUUGGAUAUUAUGAAAAAGUGAAGAAAGAUCUGAAAGGACAACUACCUCCACGAAAAGAGAAGAAAAUGACAUCUGUUAAAAUUGAAGGCCUCACAGGUGUUGGCAAUGGAGACGGCUCUGACUUUUCUAUGGAGAUUAGAGUUGACGGACUGCUCAUAUAUGAAUGCCGAUUUGGUGACAAUAUCAAUUGUCAGAUGAUGAAGUACACGGACAGCGACAGCAUUGUUGUCAACCUACAGAAUUCUCCAACUUUGUUCGCCGACGUCAAACUACGCUUCUUUUCACCUGCAAAAAACAUUCCUAAGAUUUAUGACAAUUGUGCCUUUUUCCUGUGGUUUCAUACCUCCUUCAUUGAAAAUAAUAAGCUGCGCUUAACAAGAGAUGAACUCGACAAUCCCCAUAAGAAGAAAGCCAAGGAGGUUUACAGAGACCAUUUUGCAGUGGAACUCAACUUUGAAGAUGCUGAUGAGGACUGAGGAGGGUUGCUGACCAAGGGAGGAUUUCUGCCCAGCCAAAGGAAGGUUUCAGACUGGGGGGUGGGGAGGGGAGAGGAGAGGAUGGCUACGGGAGGCUUUUUUUACUUAAGAGAUUGAGAUUUGUUUAGUGAUGAAGACUUCUUACUGAGUGAAGUAUCUUUGUGAGGGAGGGUUUCAGAGUGAGGUAUCUAACUGAGAGGGGGUAUCUGACUGAGUGAGUUAUCUAUGUGAGGGAGGGUUUCAGAGUGAGGUAUCUAACUGAGAGGGGGUAUCUGACUGAGUGAGGUAUCUUUGUGAGGAAAAGUUUCAGAGUGAGGUAUAUAACUGAGUGAGGUACAGUAUCAGAAGUUGCUUAUGAGGAAGAGAUUCUUGGGAUUUCCUUUGAGGCUUUGAAGUCAACAUGCCUAUAUUUAGUACACAGGUGGCUUAUUAGCCUGGGAGGCUGUGCUUAGGACUUUUUGUUGGGGGAAACAUUCCUGGUAAAUACUUUGUAAUGAGGUUGGGGGAGACAUUCUGCUUUUAUAAUAUAAGGAGUCAGAGGAAACAUUCCGUUGUGUGAAAAGUCAGGGAGACAUUCCUAAUACAAAACAGGUAGAGGGAGACAUUCCUGUUAUGUAACAAGAUGGGGGGAGAGACAUUCCUAAUAUAAAACAGGUAGAGGGAGACAUUCCUGUUAUGUCACAUGAUGGGGGGAGACAUUCCUAAUAUAAAACAGGUAGAGGGAGACAUUCCUGUUAUGUAACAAGAGGGGGGAGACAUUCCUAAUAUAAAACAGGUAGAGGGAGGCAUGCAUGUUAUGUAACAAGAUGGGGGGAGACAUUCCUAUUAUAAAACAGGUAGAGGGAGACAUUCCUGUUAUGUCACAUGAUGGGGGGAGACAUUCCUAAUAUAAACCAGGUAGAGGGAGACAUUCCUGUUAUGUAACAAGAGGGGGGGAGACAUUCCUAAUAUAAAACAGGUAGAGGGAGACAUUCCUGUUAUGUAACAAGAUGGGGGAGACAUUCCUAAUAUAGAACAGGUAGAGGGAGACAUUUGUGUUAUGUAUCAAGAUGGGGGGAGACAUUCCUAAUAUAAAACAGGUAGAGGGAGGCAUUCAUGUUAUGUAACAAGAUGGGGGGAGACAUUCCUAAUAUAAAACAGGUAGAGGGAGACAUUCCUGUUAUUGUAAUAACAUUAUCUACUUACUUUUGUAUUGAAUAAUUUAAUGUUUAUUUUUAUACAUCAGACAGUUUUGUGAUUCUGGAUUUUAUUAUGAUACAUUCCAUUGUUUGAGGCUAGGUUGUAAAUUAGUAUACAUGUACUUUAACCAGAGCAUACUCUCAUGUGCUUUUAAUCAUCAUACUUUAUCAUGAAGCGGUGGAAGUGAAGGUUAUAGUUUACAUGUAAUUAAGUUAAGCUGUAACUUGUGUACGUGAUGUUUGUCCGUGAUGUUUUACAAGUCAUGUGCUAUCAGAAUGAAACACUUUCUAGUCACUAGGAGUGCCACACCAGUCAUAAUUUGAGAGUAUUAUGUGGUUAUGUGUACUUUUGUUGUUAUACUCUAUCCCCCUAAGAAACCAGCACAGCUAGUGAUUAUGUAAAAUCGUUAAAUGUAGGAACAUCAUCAUUCUAAAAUCACCAGAUACAUUUCAAAAGGAAACCUGGGUUGGGUUCUUUAAAGACAAUGUUUCAACUUGUAUUUGAGUCAAUAUGUAAAUUAGAAGAUAUAUAUUCUCUGAAAUUGGAAUUGUCCUAUAUAGAUUACAUUGACAAUGGACAAUGGACAAUGUUAACAUACUGUUUUUAUACAAUACAAAACCUGUUAUUGACUUUUUGCAAUGUUCCAAAAUGUUGAUUUUUCUCUCAUUUAAUACACCAUUGAAGUUCUAAUUGCUAUAGGUUGAAUAUUGAGAUCAGUAUUCAAAGAUUUUGUUUACCUGGUACCCUUAAAUCCUUUUGACAAUUGCCUUCGAUUUUUUUUAUAUAUACUUCUUGUAUAGUUUACUAAAGGAUGAUUUUAGAAAUCUGAUUUCUGGUAACAGAAAUAUUUUAUAGGGGCUGCACGGUGGCCAAGUGGUCAAGGCAUCUGACUAUCUAUGACCACCAGCCCUCAACCACUGGGUCAUGUGUUUGAGGCCUACAUUGGGGGCAGUCACCAGGUACUGGCCACAGGUCAGUGGUUAUUCUCCAGGCCUUUUGGUUUUCUUCCAACAUCAGAACUUUGCAUGUCCUUAAAUAACCACAACCGUUACUAGGACGUACGUAAAACACAAAACAAACAAAAAAACUAAUCCCUGCAAACUUCUCACUGGCACUACUAUCACAUACCAUGAACGGUACAAAUCUAUUUCCACCAGUUGAUAAGAAUUUGUAAAGGUGAGGCCAGUUUAUUGAGGGAGAUACAUAAAGUACUUAAGAAAAAAGAAAUAUGGAACUUUGACAGAUAUUGUCAGUAAGUGAGGAGGCAGAUGAAAAGAGGAGCGUGAAUGUGCCCUCAUGCAAUGAUAAAAAGGGCAGAAAGAAAAUCAGAUAAUAUUUUGGUCUUUUUACUUUUUAACACAUUGGUUACAUGUAAAUCAUGCUGUAUAUAUUUGUGCCAUAUAAAUGUGUACUUUAUAUUAAAUGAUGUUUUUGCUUAAGUACCAACCAGGUAUGUCUGUAAAUCACAUUUGUUUUGAAAUAUAUUUAUUUCAUGUUUUUAAUUCCUGCUGAAAUUCAAGGACUCAAGGAUAUUACGAGUGCCUUCCUGAUACAAAGAAUCAGAACAGUUCUGUCACUCUUUCAUGAACUGAAAUUCCCACAAAUUUCAACAAAGUUUGAAAAAUAAUCAUAAAAAGAAGUAUUAUUAAAAAGAUAAGUGAAUAUAUAAUUUCUCCAAUCAUAAAAAAAAUUCAUUGAAAAAGAUAAAAGUAUUUUGUAAAGUGCAAUAGGUUGUAAAACAUUAGAUAUAUUGAUGUUUAAUUUUAUUACAUACAUAUGUACAUCUAGUCUGCUUAAAAUGAUAUAACAAUAUGAAAGUGACAGUUUAAAUAAUACAAUAUGUAGUAUAUUAAUAUGAACUUUGAAUACUUGUGAUAGUAUCCUGGUACAGAUGUAUAGUGAGGUGCUGUGAUUGUUAAGAUCAGUCAUGUUCUACAAAUUGUGAUUGUUGUAGCUCUAUGGAUGCAGAUAGCUUAAAUCUAGUCCCGUUGUUGUUGUUUUCAGUAAAUGUUUGGUUUUUGUUUGAUUUGUUUUCACGGACAUGCGGCUUUGAGGUGCGACGACCUCUUACAAAGUAUGUACAUUGCAGUACACAUUUGCCUUAGAUGUUCAAAAUAGUAUUAUACAAUUAGAUACACAUGUAGUUAUAUUAUAUAUCUGUCGGUUAGUCUGGUGUAGUGGAUUGGUAUCCUGAAUUAGUAACCUCUAAUGUCAAUUAAAUUGUUUGUUAAUUUUAUAUACUUUACAUAUAGGAUAAUCAUGUAUUUGAAAUAUUUUCACUGAGGUUAAUAGUAAGUUAACAAUUGCUAUACUCAAUGAUUUAUUAGUGGAUAAGAUUGCUGAUGAUUAUUGUGAUAUUAUAAAUGCCCCCUUUGCCAGGAUGUAUCACAACAUAAAAUUAUUUAAAUAUGCAAAAUUAAUAUAUAUUACUAUAACCGUAGAAUAGAACAAAUAUUGUUAAAAUUAUAAAUUUUAUAUUAAUUUUGAACACUAAUUAUUUGGUGAUAAAUCAAAAUAUUAAUGGAAUGGUGCUAACAAUAUGAAAUCUGUUUUAACUUGCCUCAAAAGGGCCAAGCUCGCCCCAAAAGGGCCAAGUUAGCUUACACCAUGGUGCAGCGUCUGUCAUCAGUUAAUCUGUUGUAACUUUCCCUUUAUACACUACUAGUCCAGCACAGCUCAGUGGAUUUAGACUUCUUUUGGUCUUGAACAUCUUUAAUAGUGCCAAGGAGACACGUCAGUGUAUACAUGGAGGUUGUAUAAUCCUUCUUUGGGGCAGAGGGGUGUAGGGUCAAAUAGGGGAGUUAUGUAUGUGGCAGGGUUCAAUUGUACAUAGGAUUAAGGUCACCUUCUAGCUUAGAGCUAGAGGGAAUUUCCCUUCAGCUCA